AUGGUACAUCGUAUCCAUGGUAAUCGUAAAAUAGCUUCUUGUCUUCAACAAGUACCAUUAGCACCGGCUAAAUAUGUCUUUUCGUAUGAUCAAAGAGAAGAACAACGUUUAUUUUUCGAACAAUUUCUUGCAUCUGAUGUUGAUCAACGACCUUAUUCUAUAGUAGAUUUGUAUCAAGUAGCCAUUAUUGCUGUUCUACCCAAUGAUUGUUCGAUUAUAUUACGAUACCUGAUCGAAACAUUAUUUAUAAUUCAUGGUGAAACAAAAUUGAAUAUGAUUUGUCCUAUUGGUAGUGAUCCUCAACAACGUUAUGGUUAUCCAUAUAGUCUUGUUUGGCGUAAGAAUUUAAAUCGUCCAUACAUGAUACCAGGAACAGCAACUCAAACCGACAACAAUAUAUAA